AUGACUAUGGAACUGCAAGAGCUGAGGGACCAGCUGGCACAGCUCCAAUCGGAAAAUGUGCGGCUCCAGGAGAGGCUUGCUGUUCGUGAAACUCCCGCAGACUCUGGUGCCUCCACUUCCACAGACUCUGGGACUACUAGCUCUCGACACCGCACUAAUGGCUCACCAGCUGAACACGUCACUAUAUUUGGUAUGGUAGUUCCGCAGCGGGGUCUCUUGGUGGUCAAGGAGCCGUUCAGACAGCAAGCUUCAGAUGGGGUAAAGGGUGUGAUAGGCAUGAAUGUGAUUAAGGAGUGUUACUACCAGUUGUUCAGCCAACAUGGGUCACACCUUUUUGAUCUCCCUGAGAUACGCCUUGCACCCCCGCUCUGGCAGCGGGCGUUACAGCACUGUCACCGAAUGGAGUCCCAGACUCUCCAGCCAGAGAGGGGAGUGGCUAAAGUGAGAGGCACAGCGUUACUCGAGCCCUUGGAUGAUUGCCAGUCUCUGCAACAGGGUCUGCUAAUCUCACCAGCUAUGGUCAACAUCCACCAAGGCCUGAUCCAAGUAACCGGAGCCCCGAGCUGUCCGAAACCGGGGAGUGGGCCGCAGAUGGCCUCUGGGUGCCCCACUAGCGGUCAGCUCCGCCCCCGGGUCACGGGUUGGACUCCUACCAGCCCCACAUACGGUCAGCCCUGCCCCCAGCUCACGGUUUGGACCACCACCAAGACGCUCUACCCGUCAGACAGCCGGCCAGCAUCCUAA